AUGGAGACCGAAAAGGAAAAUCUCUUUUGUGAACCACAUAAAAGGGGACAGAUGAAAACACCUCUGAAAGAAUCCACUACAGCAAAUAUAGUGUUGACAGAGAUCCAGCCUGACUUUGGCCCUUUAACCACACCCACCAAGCCCAAGGAAAUCUCCCAGGGAGAACCCUGGACACCAACAGCCAACCUGAAAAUGCUCAUCAGUGCCGUGAGCCCCGAGAUCCGCAACAGAGAUCAGAAACGGGGGCUGUUCAACAACAGAAAUGGAUUACCUAAGCCCAAAGAUUGUUUACACGAACACUUAUCAGGAGAUGAAUGUGAGAAAUCCCAACCAAGUCGAAAAGAGAAAAGUUUAGGAUUAUUGUGUCAAAAAUUCUUAGCACGAUAUCCUGACUAUCCCAACCCUGCUGUGAAUAAUGACAUAUGUCUUGACGAAGUAGCUGAGGAACUCAAUGUUGAGCGUCGACGCAUCUACGAUAUCGUGAAUGUCCUAGAGAGUUUACACAUGGUGAGCCGCAUGGCCAAAAACAGGUACACUUGGCACGGGCGGCAUAAUCUCAUCAAAACCCUGGAGGCUCUGAAAAUCGCCGGGGAGGAAAACAAAUAUGCCGAGCUAAUCAUGAUGAUCAAGAAGAAGGAAUAUGAACAAGAGUUUGACUUCACUAAGAGUUGCAGUAUAGAGGAUCAUGUCACCAAGGCAAACACAGACCAAAACGGGCACGCAGACAUGAGUUUUGUCGAACUCCCUGGAGUGGAAUUUCGGGCAGCCUCUGUAAACAGCCGCAAAGACAAGUCUUUAAGAGUGAUGAGCCAGAAAUUUGUGAUGCUGUUUCUGGUGUCCACGCCUCAGAUAGUGAGCCUAGAAACUGCUGCCAAGAUUUUAAUUGGGGAGGACCACGUGGAAGAUUUGGAUAAAAGCAAAUUUAAAACAAAAAUUAGGAGGUUGUAUGAUAUAGCUAAUGUUCUGAGUAGCCUGGAUCUCAUCAAGAAAGUUCAUGUUACUGAAGAAAGAGGCCGAAAACCAGCUUUUAAGUGGACAGGCCCAGAAAUCAGUUCUAAUCCCAUUGGUGUGAACCCCAUCAUUUCUUUCCCCACCUCGGACAUGGAAGUGAGGCAGCCUUCAAUAGAGAACUGUGCCAAAAACCUCUUUGCCACACACCGGAAGUCAAACUUUACGCGGCACCCAUCUCUUAUCAAACUGGUGAAGAGCAUAGAAAGUGACCGGAGAAAGAUCAGUUCUGCUCCCAGUAGCCCUAUCAACAAAGCUGACAGUUCUCAGAAUUCUGAACCCUUCCCAAGUAAAAUGGCUCAGCUCGCAGCAAUUUGCAAAAUGCAGUUAGAAGAGCAAUCAAGUGAAUCCGGAAAGAAAGCAAAAUCACAGCUGGCAGGAUCUGGGCCCUGCAAGCCAGUGGCCCCUCUGGAUUCCUCAGUGAAUGCUGAGCCGGAGCUCCCCCCACCGCCCCUCGUGCAGCCGCUGGGGGUGGUCCCUUUGUUCCCCAGCCCACUGUCAUCGGCGGUGCCCGUAAUCCUACCUCAAGCGCCUUCGGGCCCGUCCUAUGCCAUCUACUUGCAGCCUGCCUCUACCCACACCAUGACGCCGCCCCAAGGCCUGAGCCCGACAGUCUGCCCUAACCCCUCUUCUAAAGCUACAAGAUCAAAAGAUUGCACAGAUGGCACCACCGAGAGAGCAGCCAAUGAUGCCACCAAGCCUAAUGUCUCCAUCAGGCCCAUGCCGCAGAGACACGGUGCACAGAAUGGAGACACAGAACCUGCUGGAGAGAGAGGCCCAAAGAGGGCAGGCAUGCUCGAAGAUAGUGGUUCCAAAAAGAAAUUUAAAGAGAAUCUAACAGGAUUUGAAAAUGUCUCCACUACACUGUUUCCAUCAGGAUACCUAAUCCCUCUCACCCAGUGCGCAAACCUGGGGGCAGAAUCCCUUUUGCCUAGUAAAGAAAACUCAGGUACAUUUUCCCCAAACCACAGGAUCUACAGCUCCCCGAUUGCAGGUGUUAUUCCAGUGACAUCAUCUGAACUCACUGCUGUGAAUUUUCCCUCUUUUCAUGUAACACCUUUGAAGCUAAUGGUCUCACCAACUUCCGUGGCGGCCAUACCUGUAGGGAACAGCCCGGCUCUCACUUCGAGCCACCCCAUUCCCAUCCAGCACCCAAACUCGGCCAUUGUAAACUUCACCCUGCAGCACUUGGGGCUCAUCUCCCCCAGUGUACAGGUGGCUGCCAGCUCUGGGCCCGGAACUCUUCCCAUGUCUCCAAGAAUAGAGGCUGUUAGUGUCGUGCCAGAACAUGCAGGCACUCAGCAAGGAAGGGCCACCCGGUAUAACUCUCCGGUCCUGGGCCAGAACCAACUGAAUGGACAGUCCAUUGCUGUGAUGGGGGCACAGCAGCCUGUUCCAGUAACACCCAAAGGGUCACAGUUAGUGGCCGAAAGUUUCUUCCGUACCCCAGGUGGACCAAUGAAAUUGAUGGGCUCACCCGGCAUGGAUUUUGAUGGUGCUAAUAAAACCUCCGUAGGAGCUUUCUUUGUCCCACAGCGAAAACUGGAAGUCUCAACUGAAGAUGUCCAUUAA